AUGAUGAGAACUGCUGAGGAAAGAACACGGUUCAAAACUCAUUUUUUCAAGCUUGGUCAAGGUAGAGUAUUUUCAUCUGAUGAUGAGACAUUCUGGAGAGUGUUCUGGCAGAUACCGAAGACAACCAACGACAUAUUUGAGUUGUUUACAGUGCAGGACAUUAAGAGCGUAAGGGACCAGAACAUAGUUAACUUUGUAACAUUUUUGAGGGUUUUGAUAAUUAAAUUAUGUACAGAAGAACAGAACACAGGAGCUACUUCUUCUCUGACUGGUGACGUGGGGCGGUUGAAUGUACAGGAAGUUUUAAAUUGUAUGAGAUGGUUAUCUAAAGUGUUACCACUAUUUUUCGAAUUAAAAGAUGAAGCCUUGGAAAGGAAGUUCUUCUGGUGUGACGAGUUUAAUGCAAUGGAUUUCAUGGGAUAUACUGCAGGAAGCAAGGGUGGGGCCAAGAAUGAGCUGAGCGAUGUAGCUAAGGAUCUGACCAGGUUUUUGGCGGUUCGGUUGAUGCACAAAAUCUUGGAAUUACUCUUCUACAAGGGGUUCACUAUAGAUAGACGGAAUAGCAAUUAUCAGCAAACAGAUUCAGAGGAUCCGGUGGCAUUUCGACUUUGGGAAAGUGGGAUUGGAUCUUCUAAUUCCAAGUAUAGUCCACCAAACUUGAUAAUAGAGUCCAACAGGACAGAGACCUUAAGACUCUUAUUGACACUUUUAUCGCAAUCUUUUUAUCUCCCUACUACCUCAAUAGUUGCCGAAGGAAAUCGCUUCUUAAUAUUCUUAGUAACUACUACCCCAAGAAUCCAGCUUUUGACACUAGUGUGUUCAUUGCUAAACGUGGUUUGCAGAGCUGCCAGAACUUCAAAUGACAAAAAUUCCUUGAGUUAUUCCAAUUCUCUGUUGACAGAGAUGAGACAUUUGUUUGUGGCAUACUCUAUUCAAUUGCUCUGUAUCAUGAUAGUAUUUCCAUUACCACCCCAAGAUAAAAUUCAGUUUUUAUACGAUUAUAGAAUUCUUGAAGAGGGUAAGCUGGCAGCAAAUUUGGCUAGAGUUUAUUUUGGUAAACUUCAUAAAGAAAGUGAACUUUACUUUAUAGCAACGUACUUCAUGAAUGUUUUAAGAAAUCCAAUGGAUUUGGCUAAGACCUCUGAGGAUAGUUUAUCCUUUCCUUCAUACGGAAGAGGUGGUGCGUCUAGUACCUCUCCUCCUUGUUGGAUUUCUGAGGUAACCAUGUUACUAUGGGAACUUUUUCAGUGCAACAAAAACUUUAAGCAGCUUAUAAAAGAGAAGUUUAUGAAUGAGCUCUUUAUAUUACUACUUUAUCAUAUUUACACCUACCACAAUAUCCCCCAAUUACAAAACUUCAUAAGAGUAUGCACAUAUUUUAUGUUAUACUUAUCAUCUGACAUCACAUUAACAGAAAAAUUAUGCCAGCCUAUUGAUAUGGAAAUCUAUUCUAACUUCCCGAACCAUUUCAAAUGUUCUACAGCCCCAACAACAAUGAGGGAUGUUGCUGUUUCGCAAAUAUGUGUUUUGCUCACAAAUCUGUCUCAACUAGUACCCAGUGCUAAUUCAGACCUUUACAUCACAUCGCUUGUAGAAAUAUUGUACAACCUUAUUCCUGUUGUUUCAAAAGAGCCGUGGCCAGAGCAUCUACUGAAAAAGACCAAAGACGAGACCCUUGCGUCUCCAAAUCCGUCGGGGGGACUAAACUAUGGCACUUGUGUUUUGAUCACACAAGUUGUGACGAAAUUUUCCACUAAGAAAUUCAUAUUUGAAAAGUCAUACCACUCUGAUCUAUUGGCCUUGGUGGUGAGAUCUGUCUGCACUGCUAUUAUUAAGCACCCUAGGCCGUCCAGAAUGCUCCUUUUUAAUAUUUUAAAAAACGAAAAGGGAUACGAUUUGAUUUGGAAUACUAUUUACAGCAUGAAGAGCGAAUACUUCAGUGGUGACACUUUAAUCGUAAAAGAAGAAUUUGAUGAAUUUGAGGAAAAUAAUGAAGGAGCUUCAGCAGCUAAUGAAACUGGUAGUGAAGUCGGGCGUACAAACAGCAACGGCUCAAUAUACAAUAACGACCUGUAUUCUCAAUCCAACACAAGUUUACCACCUUCAGAACUUCCGUUUAGAAAUCGAUCCAAUCUGUCUAUUGACUUAGCUCUUCGCCCAAAGUUGCCCACCGGUAUGUCGUCAAAGGCUAGGGAGAAGCUCCCAAUGGACGCUCCAUUAAAAAGAUCUUGGGGCGGAAAUGACUCACUUAGGAUUAUCCUUACCAUCAUUCUUCCCCAUCUUAAAGUUGCAUUGAAGGAAGUUUGGUCUACUAGAGAUGACUCUACUUCUUCAUCAAUAGAUACGUACACAUUGAUAAAGCAUAUUGAAGCGACUGAUUUCGACGCCUUAAUACAGGAAAAUAAGAGGCAAAUUAAUUUUGACUUUCUUCCGGAAACCCCCAUUGAAACUCUUAAGUUUAGUUGGAGUUAUCUUUCACUUGGUUGGUACCUUUCCUUGUUAUAUGGAAAUGUGUACAACACAGUGGAUAAUGUAAGGGUAUACACAGGUAACAACAAUUAUAAGAUUGUGAAAAAUAUCAGCGCAUCAAUUGCAAGCUUUACAAAAAUAUCUUCCUGGACAUCGACAUCUUCAUCAUCUAAUUCAGCUGUAAACACACAAGACGGUACUUCUGAUGAAUCCAAAAAGGUUGUUGAACUCGUAAGUAGAGCUUUGACUUCAACAAACCAUUGGUCUCAAACUUCAAUAAUACUCUUCAAGAUUCAGUCCAUGAAACAAGAAUCGUUUUUAUCAACAUUGAAUACCAAGUUUGCGUUUGUGGGAGCUGGGCAUGGAGCAGCAUUGGGAAGCAAUAAUGGUAAUGAAAGUCCGACAAUUGGGCCUGGAAUCAAGAUCGGUGAAGGUGGAGACAAUAGUACUCCUACGACCCCUCGAAUGAUCCCUGAAGUUACUAGGAGAAUUAGUGACUUUAGAUUGAAUAAUAAUAAUAGCAGGACUAGUAUAUCAUCUAAUCAAUCUAAUGGGGUGGGAGGAUUUGGCGGCGGCUCAUUGGUUAAUACUCCAAUUGAAGAACAAGGUGAGUUCUUCCUGAAACGAAGCUCAGUCUCGUCACUUCAUUCGCUCAAUUUAAUGAAUCGGUCAAACGAUGCAACCCCUAGAAAUUCAAUUUCAACACAAGAGUAG